AUGAUGCACCAAGGACCAGCAGUGGCUGCACCUAUUGCUGACGACGCCCCCAGCGAUGAGCUUCGGAAAGCGAAGAGGUCGUUAGCUGGGGUGAACCCGAAGCUUCUUUACAUGGCACAGGUGGAUAGGAUUACACCACCCGCAUCGCAAGCACAAGUCGAUCCUACGUGUAACAGGACUAUUACACCCAACUGCAUACGAGCUCUGUACAAUAUUCCUGCCAAAAUGAACGUCAGUCUGGCCCGCGGUCUGGGGAUCUACGCUUCGCAGAACCAGGUGGCUAAAUUUGACGACUUUGCCCUGUUUGCUAAGAACGUCGAUCAGCCGUCAACGGGAGUAAAGUUUUCUUUCCUUAGCAUCAACAAUGGCACAACCGAUCAGGCUCAGAACAAGUUCUCAAACGCCGAGCUCAACUUCGAUGUCCAAUACACGGCUUCACUAUCCAACCCGGUACCAAACAUCGUCACCGCUGUGGCGGGAGACGGACCAAUCAAGCUCGAACUAGGCGGGCAGCCUGGGGACACGACGGAACCCUGGUUGAUCUGGUUAGACGCGAUGCUCAAGCUACCCGACGACAAGCUUCCUCACACGAUCACCACUAGUUUCGGCGAGAACGAACAGUCCCUUCCGGACGGCUAUGUUCAGCAGAUUUGCGAUCAGUUCGGUGCACUCGGGGCCAGGGGCGUUACGAUGUUCGCCGCGUCGGGAGACUCUGGACCGGGCAACACGUGUGUCACAAACGACGGCACCAACAGCACGCGGUUCAAUGCCGUCUUUCCGGCAUCGUGCCCCUUCGUCACUGGAGUCGGUGGGGUGAGGGGUAUCGCGCCUGAGCGGGCCAGCGACUUCUCGAGCGGUGGGUUCUCGGACAAGUUCGCGAGGCCGGCAUAUCAAGAACAAGUUGUGCCGGCGUACCUGAAGAAUACCAUUGGAACUCAAUUCAACGGCCUCUUCAACGCGUUAGGCCGAGGAUUCCCAGACGUCAGUGCCCAGAGCUUCAACCUCACAUUCGUGACGGGUGGCCAACUAGGUGGCUUCCAAGGUACCAGCGCCGCCGCUCCAAUCUGGGCAGGCAUGGUGGGCAUGGUCAACGCCGCUCUCAUUCAGGCGGGAAAGCCACCAAUGGGAUUCAUUAAUCCAUGGCUAUAUGGCGCUGGAUUGCAAGCCAUCAACGACGUGUCUGCUGGGCAGUCCGUGGGCUGCACUGGUACAACUGGUUUUGGCACGCAAAAGUUCCCGCCUGAGUUCGGAGCCAAGCUCGUGCCGAACGCGAGUUGGCCCUCGGUGGCUGGCUGGGACGCUGUCACUGGCUUGGGGAGUCCGGAUAUUGGCAAGAUGUUGGCGCUGAGAAUGGCAAUGUGA